UUGUAGGUAUCUACGUAUAAUAAAAAGUUUCCUACUUACGAUACCUACCUAACUACCUAUUGAGAAACCGAUCUGCAAAUUAACUGAAAGCUCAUACUAAAUUGGAGAAAGUGUUAAACGUAUCAAUAAGCAGACUAGCAAAGUUCUGACUUCAAGUUCCGUUCUUCCUCAAUCGAAUAUCCUCGUCCGAAGGUUUCUGGUAAGCCAUGGACCUUAAUGUCAUGGACAAGCUGCGUAUUUUAAAAAUAGAUACAGAACUACGUCCACAAAUCAAAAUGAAAUCAAUGAGUCGCUACUACUUCGUAACCUCAACGAAUCCAGGGGAACAGUUCUUUGUUUUCGCAUCCACUGCCGCUUGGCUGAUACGAAAAACUGGCAAAGAAUUCGAACAACCGAAUGAAGAAGACGAUCCCAAUUCUAUCACAGCUUCUAUAUUAGAUGUGUUAAGAGAAAAAGACAUAGCAGUUGACUUCUCUUCACAUAAGCUAAAGCAAGGCUUCGGAGACCAAGUGUGCUAUAUUCUAAACGUAUUAGCUGAUGAAGCUUUGAAAAUACAAAACUUUGAAUGGCAGAAACCUAUAGUGAACAUCCCCGAUGCAGAAGAAUCGGUUGAUGAUUUAGAUCAAGUAGAAGAUGAAACUGAGAUCAUACUGGAUAAAAUUGAGGAUGAAAUGGCUAUUUAUUCAGGCGAAUCAGAGGGUGAAUAUGGCAAUACAGAGGAAAAAGAGCUUAAUAAUUUAGGUAAUAGAGUGCAUGAUUGGGAAGCUUGGAAAUUGGAGUUGGAAAGAGUAGCUCCAGCGUUAAGGUUGAAGAUAUCAGCUGAUGGAAGAGAUUGGAGGGCGAGACAUGCCCAAAUGAGAUCAUAUCGGGACGAACUCUUUGACAGAUUCAAAACAACCGGAACACAACUGAAUAAACUUCACAGCAACGUCAGUUCUGUUAUGGAUAAAAUAGCAGCUAGAGAGAAUAUUUUGAACGAACAGUUCGAACCUUUAGUACGAGAAUAUGGGAGACUUCUUGAUGAAUUGAACAAAGUUACGAAUGAAUACAAGGAAGUAAGUGUUGGUGUGACUGAAAGGCAAGAGAUGUUGAAUGAGUUGACAGCUAAAGUAGAAAACAUUAAGCAGAGAACUGAAUCUAAAGGAUCGUCAAUGAAUGAUAACUCUCCAUUGGUCACAGCCAAAAAGGGAGUAGAGACAUUGAAGAAAGAUAUUCAGGAACUAGACUUCCAGAUUAUAAUCUUGCUAUGGUUACUUAUAUCGAAGGAAAAUCCGAAAAGCAACAAUUACUUGGCCAACGCUGAAUCUAGAAUAGUUAAUACUGAAGUUUACUAAUUUUAUUAUUCAUUAGACGAUGCCCGCGACAUCGUCCGUGUGUAUUUAGGUUUUUAAAAAUCCCGUGGGAUCUCUAUGGUUUUCCGGGAUGAAAUGCAAAUUUCCAGUAGAUAUGCAAUACCUUGUCAAUAAUGUUAAUUUCCGGAAUGCAAGCUACCUCUGUACCAAAUUUCACAUAAAUCG